CCAGCUCACCCAGCUUUAAUUAAUCACGAACUCAUCAAAGCUAGGGUUUAAGCUCGUUUCAUCUCUCCCUCAGAAGAGAAAUCUUGCAAACGACGAAACCAUGUUUCCAGGAUUGUUCAUGCGUAAACCUGACAAAGCAGCUGCUCUCAAGCAGCUCAAGACUCACGUCGCCCUUUUCGGAGCUUGGGUCGCCGUAAUUCGGGUCACCCCAUACAUCCUUCACUAUUUUUCGGAUCAGAAAGAAGAACUCCUCCUCGAACUCUAAAUCCCUAUUCUUUUUUGAACUUCUUUCUACUCAGCAUAUCUUUUGGGGGCUGUAAGGCCGUUUGAAUCAUCUUCUGCACUAGAGUGUUCCAAGGUUGUGAAUUUCAGCUGAAUAAGAAGUAGUUGGUUGGUAAGAGUGCUUGAGCUUUAGCAACAAUGAGUUGGUUCAUGGAUGGAUGGACAUUUAUGCUCCUUUCAAAUUUCAAGAACCUCCUAAUGUGAUAUUAAAAUCUAAGCCACUAAGGUAACUCGUAAGUGCAAAAUCUAGUUUCAUGAGCUUGCUGAAUCAAUAUGAAGAAUGAUAUAGUUUUCAUUGAAAGAUAACUUGGAGGCUCGUUCGAUGUUGUGUUUAGUUAUAUUGUUAAUGUGAUUGAGCAAUAAUGGAAUAGAAUUGCUUUAUCAUCCUAGUAAAUCUUUUGUGGGUUGACAAUCUUGCCUCUAAUGUUAUUCAUAUAUCAAAAUUUGAAAUUAAGAAACACAUGACUGAACCAAGGUCGUGGCGUUUCUUGUGUUUUUGGUGUUGUAUGUAACUUAGGUUCUGGUGCAUAAAGUAGUUGGAUUGAGUUGUGUAAGUUGCCGAGCACCAAUUAUGAAAUGAUCUAUGAUUUGGAGUACUCUGGUUGAGGGUUAAGGAAUAAACUUCUACCGGAAAUUCCUAUGUGUUUAUUUUUUAUGAGCUUUAUAUCUACUAGAAUAUGAAAGUAAUCUUAAGCUCUUUACUAAUAAAUGCAAGAAGAAGCUUGUAUGGCGAUGGUCCCUAUCGCCUGUGCAUGAGUUUGGAUUUCAUGGUUCUAUUUGGUAGGUGAUUAGAAGUUUGAAAAUAUGAAUUUUACAAUGCAAGUGGAUCGAGUUGAUUCUGUAGAUGCAAAGUAAAGUACUAGGAAUUGAAUGAUUAUAUGUGUGUGAGUACGGCAAAGUUGAUGAAGUAACAUGUUUCAUCAUCUUUUCUUGAAUCUUGUGAAUAUUACUGUUG